AGAUUCAUUCAUCAGAUGUGUGGCCAUAGAAUACAGAUAGAGUGCUUUCUCCAUUUCCUCUUUCUCUCUCUGUUUUUGAUUGAUUUUGAGUAAAAUUCCUGACUGAUAUAACAGCUCCGAUCAACCCGUUUUGCCUGAAAACCCACACUGAAAUGGGAUUUCUUCCGGUGAGAGAUUGAACAAGACAAAAUGAGUGAAGAAGAAGAAGGAGGUGAAGGAAGUUCCAUUUCGCUUUCCACCGGCAAAAAUGGUCUCCGGCGAGCUGCAGAACUCACCACAUCUAUCGUCUCACUUUCUCUUUCAAUCCGUGUCUUCUCUGUCAAGUGGCAAUCCGUACGCGACAAGCUAGAGGAGCUCCACUCCGGUCUCGUGGCGGCGGAGACUUGUAUCCCGGAGGAAGAUCCGUGUUUUGCCUCUGAAAUACCCGCCAUAAUCGAGACAAUAGAAGAAUGUCACGACCUCGCUCGACGGUGUCUCGACCUUACCUACAGUGGGAAGCUGCUGAUGCAGAGCGAUUUGGACAUAAUGUCGUCGAAAUUCGACCGGCACGUCAAAAGCCUCUCCGAAAUUUGUACUUCCGGUAUACUCAGAGAGAAUUUCGCCAUUGUUUUAUCGAAGCCUGGCCUGUCGGCUUCCCGAGAUGACAUGAAGUUCUACGUGAACGACUUGCUGUCGAGAUUCAAGAUUGGCGGAUCUGGAUUGAAGAAACAGGCAUUAAUUCAGUUCAACGAGAUCAUUCAAGAGGACGAGAGGUACAUAAAGAUAGCUAUAGAAACGGGUAGUUUCUUGAAUUUCUUGGUUAAUUUUCUUGAUUCGGAAGAGGAGGGAAUACAAGAAGAAGCUGCUAAAGCUGUUUCUACUAUAUCUGGGUUUGGUUCGUACAGGAAUAUAUUAAUAAGUUGUGGUAUAAUCGGUCCGUCGAUUCGAUCUUUAGAGAGUGGGAAUGGAAGCGGGCUUGGAAGGGAGAUGUCCGCCAGGUGUUUGAUGAAAUUAACCGAGAAUUCAGACAACGCUUGGUCAGUUUCAUCCCACGGAGGAGUAACGGUUCUGCUAAAGAUUUCCACGAGCGGCGAAUACGGCGGAGAAUUGGUCGGGUUAGCCUGUGGGGUGUUGAAGAAUCUGGUCGGAGUCGAAGAAAUCAAAAGGUUCAUGAUUGAAGAAGGCGCCGUCGCAUCUUUCGUAAAGCUAUUGAAAUCCAGAGAUGAAAUCGUGCUCAUAAACUCGAUCGAUUUCCUUCAAUCAAUGGCAUUCGGAGACGAGGCUGUUAAGCAAAUGAUUGUUAACGAAGGCGCAAUUCGAUCGCUAGCCCGAAUAUUCGAGCCGAAAUCUUCUUAUUCAAUAAAGGCCAGAGAGUCAGCCUUGAGUGGAAUCGCAAACCUCUGCUUCACCUCAAAUUCGACACUGAAGUUGCUACUGAAUUCAGGUUUCCUCGAUCACAUCCUGUAUUAUCUCCGAAUUGAUCCGGGUUCUGGUGCGGGUCAAGAGCUGGCGGUGAAAGCGGCGUGUAGGCUAUCGGAGACGUCGGAAGAGGCAAAGAAAGCGAUGGGGGAUGGUGGGUUUAUGCCGGAGUUGGUGAGAUUAUUAAAUGCAAAGUCUUUGGAGGUAAGAGAAACGGCGGGUGAGGUUUUGAUGGGUUUGAUAUCGGUUCAGAGAAAUCGAAAGAGAUUUGUGCAGAAUGAAGAGAACGUGGGUUCGAUUCUAGAGCAGCUCGAGGGAGAAGAGGACUUGGGGAAUGAUAACAAAGGGAAGAGGAAGUUAUUGCUGUCGAUAUUGAUGUCGUUAGUGAGUAGCAGCGGGAGUGCGAGGAAGAAGAUAACAAGUUCAGGGUAUAUGAAGAGUAUAGAGAAGCUAGCCGAAGCCGAUGUUUCAGAUGCCAAAAGGAUUGUAAGAAAACUGUCGUCGAAUAGAUUUCGUACUAUGUUCACCGGAAUCUGGCAUUAGUCAUUCAUCAUGUUUGUAUAUUUUGUUUUAGUUUUCUUUUCUUUUUUGUAUACGGAUGGAUCUUCAUAAUAAUAAUAAUGAAAAUUUGUUCUUCUUUA